AUGAAAUUUGCACUGUUGCUUAUUUUAUUUGGUACCUUUAUUUCAUUUGGAGAUCAAAAUUAUGAAGUGGAUGAAAAAAACCUUAGACGUAUAAAAUGCCAUCAUUAUACUAUGGAUUUAUAUGAAGUGGAAUUUGAUGAAGAUGAAUAUUUGCCUAUAGAUAAUGGAUGCUGUGCCAAAAGUACUUCUUAUAAGCCUUCAAUAAAUAAUUUUGCCUUACAGACAUCAGCUGGGGCGAAUUGUAAGUGUGGCUGCUCUUGUGAAUGUUUUUUGUGCCAAUGUUCUUGUAAUUGCACUUCUUAA